UGGCCCCCCCCCCUUCCAAGCAGCCUUUGCUGCUGCACUGGAGAGUUGGGUGCUGAAGAGGGGGGGUUGAGGAGACCCUUCCAGAAGCAGGUGCUGUGGAUUUCACACCACUUAAGAUGUGCCCUCCCUCAGAUGCCCUGGCCUUGAGCGUGUGAGGCAGCCGCUGAGCCAUGUCGCAGAUGCUGCACAUAGAAAUCCCCAACUUUGGGAGCACCGUCCUGGGCUCCCUGAAUGAGCAGCGCCUCCUGGGUCUCUACUGUGAUGUCUCCAUCCUGGUCAAGGGCCAGGCCUUCAAGGCUCACCGGGCUGUCUUGGCGGCCAGCAGCCUCUACUUCCGAGACCUCUUCAGUGGCAACAGCAAGAGCGCCUUCGAGCUGCCGGGCUCCGUGCCGCCCGCCUGCUUCCAGCAGAUCCUCUCCUUCUGCUACACCGGCAAGCUGACCAUGGCCGCCAGCGAGCAGCUGGUGGUGAUGUACACAGCAGGCUUCCUCCAGAUCCAGCACAUCGUGGAGAAGGGGACAGACCUGAUGUUCAAAGUGAGCUCUCCACACUGCGACUCCCAGACGGCCAUGACGGAGGAGCCCUGCUCAGGGCCCCAGAGCCCCUGCCACCCCCUGCAGCCGCCCUCCCUGCCCUACGCCAUGUCCCCUUCUGUGCCCCUUCCGCUGCUCACUCGCGUCAAGCACGAGACCUUGGAGCCUGCGAAGCGGUCCUUGGAGUGCAGUCUGCGGGAGGCGGCUGGGGGUAGCUCCUCUGCCAGCGCCCCGCUCAAAUUGUCGCGCGUCUCCUACUAUGGAGUGCCCAGCCUUGCCACCCUCCUCCCCAGCAUCCCUCUGGCUCAGUACUGCCAGGGGGAGCGGACGAGCCCUGGGGCCAACAGCCUCCCCACCACCGACAGCCCCACCUCCUACCACAACGAGGAAGAUGAGGACGACGAUGAAGCCUAUGACACCAUGGCGGAGGAGCAGUAUGGGCAGAUGCACAUCAAGUCCACAGGCGGCUAUGCAGGGCCUCAAGAGAAGCCGGAGCCGGUGCCCCUGGAGAGCCGCUCUUGUGUCCUCAUCAGGCGGGACUUGGUUGCCCUCCCUGCCAGCCUUAUCAGCCAGAUUGGGUAUCGCUGCCACCCAAAACUCUACUCAGAAGGAGAUCCUGGAGAAAAACUUGAACUCGUGGCAGGCUCCGGUGUUUACAUCACUCGGGGGCAGCUGAUGAACUGCCACCUGUGUGCAGGUGUGAAGCACAAAGUUCUCCUGCGGCGCCUGCUGGCCACGUUCUUUGACAGGAACACAUUGGCCAACAGCUGCGGAACUGGGAUCCGGUCUUCCACAAGUGAUCCCAGCAGGAAGCCACUGGACAGUCGGGUCCUUAAUGCUGUGAAACUGUAUUGCCAGAAUUUUGCCCCAAGUUUCAAGGAGAGUGAGAUGAACGUCAUCGCAGCUGACAUGUGCACUAAUGCCCGCCGGGUGCGGAAGCGGUGGCUGCCGAAGAUCAAAUCCAUGUUGCCGGAGGGUAUGGAGAUGUAUCGCUCCGUCAUGGGCUCCACUACCAGCAGUAUCUCCCUGGACCCUGAAUUCCAGCCUUCUGCUGCUCAGAUGUUCGAACAGCGGAUCUAUGCAGAGCGAAGGGGGGAUUCUGGAACCAUUGUGGCACUGAGAACUAACACGGUCACUGUGGAUCAGAGCAACAGAUCCAGCCAGCUGUUUGAGCCAAAUGAGCAGGGGGAAGGGGCCAGUUCUGUCAUCCAGGAGUCUGCUGGCCCAGAAGCAAUGGCUUUGGAGAGCCACAGCACCACACCGCCUUUCGAACAGGGCCCACCUGGGUCCACUAGCCGGCCGGAGACUCCGGCAAGACGACCGGAAGGCCCCUACGGAGGAGGAGGAGGGACUUUGUGAAAGAGCCAGGAUCAUGCUGGGCUUGACCAACGAGGGAUCUCUAAUACUAAAGCUGCUUGCAUGCAUUAUUAAUACAGAAAAAAGAGAAAUGUGA